AUGGCGGCGCGGCGGCCGCGCGCGGCGCUGCACAUCGUCAACCAGCAGCUGUCCGCGGCCGUCCACGAGACCAAGGGCGCCAUGUCUCCAGGGAUCCAGGAGCUUAUAGAGCGCGGGCAGGCGGCCGUGGAGGCUAUGCGCGGCUCCGCGGCCGACGACGUGGCGAGCCGGCGCGAGGCGGAGGCGUUCCAGCAGCUGUGCCUCACGCGGCAGCUGCUGGAGCUGACGGGCUCACAGCAGUGGGACGCGGCGCUGCAGGUGCUGGCCCAGCUGAGCUUCAUACCCUCGGAGCGCGCGCGCGUCGAGGCCUGCAAGGCCGAGGUGCGCCGCCUGGACGACGCGGUGCGGCAGCGCCUGGGUGACGUCAUCGAGGCCGCGGCGGGCGCGCUGCUGGGCGUGCGGGCGCGCGCGGACGCGGGGAUGCUGGGGCUGCUGCGGGAGCGGGCGGAGUGCCUCAAGGUGUUUGUGCUGGACCUGGACCCGUCGAUAACGCCGGCCACGUUCAUGCACGUCAACGGGUGCCUCAGGGGGCUGUAA